GCCACAUGGACGGCCGAGCCUGGAGACCAGGUACCUGGGUUCGGGUACACCGCCAGGCAAGCAGGUACCUCGCAGCUAUCGGCUCUACCAGUCCGGCACAGGUACCUACCUAACCCGUCUGGGCGCCAGGAGGUACCUGCUCAGUAGGGCAUUCCCCCGGUCGGGCGCCGUACAUUGCUCGCCUCUGGACCUGGGAAUCGCCGUGGGCGCAUGGUCCCUCGCCGUCGGCGUGCGCCUCCUGUCAUUAUAGGUAUGUAAUUCAUCAAUAUCAGCUCGGCUUCUUACCAGAGGCAUGGUCUGGUCUGGCCUGGUUCUGGUCCUCCUGGGUGCCGAAUCCCUACGCGUACACACCUACUCUACACGCAGCGCGCCACGGUGCAGAUCACGGCAGUGCCUUAGGGACUGUCUAUCCGGUCUCUUACCUACCUACCUAGGUACCUACCUCUUGGGCGUGCACAGUAGGAGUAGUGGUGUGUAUCCACCGCCUUUUUCCCUCCUCCUCCUCCUCCUCCUCCCCCUCCUUCUUCCUCCUCCCCUGCCCUUGCGCAACGCCUCAUUUGCCCAGCCUGCUCCGAUUGCUUAGCUUCGCAGCGUGGCCCUGUCGCGGGAGUGGGCGUGGGAGAUGAAGAAGCGCCAAAUGGGUGUGCGAUGAUGCUGUGUCCGUCCUAGCAGAGUCGCACGCACCCAAAACGCAGCAGCGCACGGCCUGGCUGGAACCCUUUCCCAUUCAUUUCCAAUCUCGGAUCCGCGUGUUCGGGUCGGGAGACUCGUGGCACCGCAGGCGCUUUCGGGAGCGUGGAUGGAUUAAUUCCCAGCCAUUAUAGGGGUUGGCCACCCUGAGCAACCGACCUACCUACUCCGUCCCUAGCAUUUAGCGACAAACCCGGCAACCCGACAGGGUCCAUGGAUGUUAUGGAAGUCUUGGGGAAAAAAAGAAGGAUCAACUGAUCGAAAGAUUCUACCUCAUCGUACGUAUAUCCCGUAUGUCUCGUAUGCAUAGUACCGGUACUAUGUAGCUAUACCACCCGACGCAUUAUAGGUGACGAUGGGUGUGAUAGGUCUGCCUGCCUGCCUCCAGAAC